AUGAAUGUGCUGUUCCUCUUUUUUGCACUAUGCCUGGUGUCUGUGUCCAUUGCAUCUUCACCUCAUCUAUUAUUGAGUGUGAAGAAGAAUAGAGCCUUCUUUCGCCUGAAACGAGCCAACCCUUUUGUCAGGAGGUCCAAUUUUAAUGGAUCGGCACAAAGAUGGUCCGAAAUGAUAUAUACCACAAGAGGAGGGUCAUCGUUGGGACUUACUACCAACGAGGGGGGAGUGCUGUGUGACCUACCAGAUCAGGUGGAUGAAGCUGCCAUCCAACUGCUUGUGGACGAAAUAAUCCGAGACAAAGAUACCAACAUACACCUACUUCCAGACAGCAUCGAAUCUAGACUUUACCGCAAUACUGUGAGGCUGACAUUGAAUGCGAUUUACAAUGUGCUCAAAAGUACGCAUGGAACCGAAUUCAUGCUGGGACACAAGUUCAGAUUGAGGCACUAUCCAGUAACAUUAGGGAAAACUGAAGCCUUUCGUCGGGUCGCCAAGUGCAACCAUGUCAAUGUGAAAGUCUUGGAAAAAGUGGCUGACCGGUUGCUCAAGAACAAGAAUAUUAAUCAACCUUUGAUUCCUGAUGUUUUGGAGCGUCAGAUAUACAUCAACUGCCUAAAGGUGGUCAUGCGCAUUUUGGAUAUCUUACAAGGGAGUCUGAGGAUAAAUCUUUGCGGUCAUUCGAUUGGAUUGUUCUUGGAGAAUAGUACAAUGCCGGUGUCCAUGCCUCCUGUAACUAGUAUGGAACGUGCAUCAUCGGUAAUCUCCAAAAUCACUCGAGAAGAUUUGAUACGAUACCAGCACGAGGCUGGUGUCAUGGAACCCCAUGGUGGCUGGCUAUCCUUUUUGGGCAAGGGAAAGCGUGCCAUGGUAAAUCAAGUGCACGCUACCAUGUUUGGUUUGGUGGUUCAGAUCGUCCAAGACAUGUUGGAUCAAAGUACCAUUGAACUAGUAGGAGUUGGCGAGAUUGUCAUGGAUUUGGUACCCGCCUCACACCCUGAUAUGGCGCAGACAAGACCCACAUCUCAACUACAUCAUUCAAGACUGUCAGCGAAGAAACAAUUGUCAACCUUUGUUUCUGGUAUGGGUAUCGGCGCGGUAUUGGUAGUCUUGCUGCUUAAGCUAUUGGAAUCUCCGGAUGGUACGAUCAACAUCGGUCACUGCAUACGAAACCUUCGGAAUGCAGUGUCCAACCUAUGGACAAGGCUGCGAUCGUUUAUACUUGGACUGGUGGGCAGGAAAUGA